AUUAUUUAUACUAAUAAUUAAAAAAAGUAGUAUUUAUUUCUUCGUGUUUCUUUCUUCUUCAUUUUCCACUCUUCUUCUUCGCUUUCAUAUUUCAAAUUGCAGUAAUGAACAGUGCCACCGUUGAAUCAAUCGAAGAAAACGGAAACGGAAGCGAUUCAGACGUGAAUUCCGAUGAUGCUACGGAAUACUAUCAACCAAUAUCCGCCGUCGACGACGACGGUAGUUCAGACGGAGAAAACGCGAAUGAUUUCCAUCAAAUUCCGAACGGAUACACUGCGCACGGUGGAGCGGAGAACGGGAUCUCGAUGCUGGAUCUGAACGACGACGAGGAGGAAGAGGAGGAGAGAAGCGGAGAAGAGGUUGAAAAUGAGAUUCAGAGAGCGUUGAGGGAAGAGGAGAGAAGAAGGAUUGCACCGUUGACGGCGGAGAAUGCGACGAGGGUGAUGGAAGCGAUGCGGGGGAUUUCGUUUGCUGGAGAGGCUCCGAGAUGGGUUUCGGAAGUUCCGGAGGAGCGUUGGAUUGAUCAGAUUCGUAGACGGAGACAAUCAUCAAAUACUUGAAGAAUUGGAUAUGCAGAUUCAUGCUUUUUUUUUUUUUUUUCCUUCAUUUUGAUUAUGGAUUUGUAUUCUUUUUACGUUAUUUAGUUGUUAAAAAAAUUUGUGUUUUGGGAAGAAGAUGAAUAACGUGAUUUCUCAUUCAUAUUCUCA